AUGGGGAAAGCCACCGAAGCGGCAGGCGACCCGGAGUAUAUCCAGCUACGAGAGCUCACCAGCGACAUGCGCGGGCUUUCCUCUUCAGACGAUACCGUUGACGAUACCGUUGACGACCCCCCCGGCAGCCUCGGCGGCGCUGACAUCGAGGCCCACUCACGCCCCGUAUCGAGAUGGCAGCGGUUUGUCGACGGACCGGAGUACCCGUCGAACGACCCUGCCCCUUGUCCCACCUGGCUUCUAUGGGCGGAUCAGCCGAGACGGUGGUUUGAUGCCAGAACCAAAAGAUGGCAGAAAGUCGCUCUCUUUGUGCUGUACAUGUUCCUCUGGAUCGGAGCGCUUUACGGGCUAGUGAUGCCGUAUUUGGUGACCCCCCCCAUCGUCGAUGGCGACCAGCUACCGGUGAUCGUCACCGGAUGUCAGGAAUCUGGUCUCUGGGCCGGGAAAAACCAGUUGUGUGGGUUAAACUCUACCCGGUGUCCCGGUGUCUCCGAUCUCAAUGAAGACUUUAUCAUCCGGUGUCCGGCGUUGUGUAAUCUCCACAAACAGUUUUCGCUUAUGCCCAUUGGCGACCAACGAAUCAAAUACCGUCCCUAUAUCGUUGGCGGCGGUUCCGAUAUCACCGUCAAUCUCGAGGACGACGACCUCCAAUUAACCAACCCCUACCGCGCCGACCUGAACCCGUGUGUGGCGGCGGCUCACGCUGGCCUUACCCUGCUGCUUCGUGGGGGCGUGGUUAAAGUACUGUACCGUCUGGGCCCCCAAAUGGCGUUUGCUAGUGCUGCUGGUAAAGAAGGUACUGGUGAUUCGAUCGCGUUUGACCUGUACUUCCCCUACUCGUUUUACUUUAAACUGUUGGACCAAACGAAAGUGUCGCCGGCGAAAGACCCCCGUUUCACCGUGGUCGCGUUAAAUAUCAUCUUUGGUAUUCCCGUGACUUAUUUGGCGCUGGCGGCAGCGACGUUCUGGACGGUGACCACGGUGGCGUUCUGGGAUAUCGUAUUCUCCGAAGACCCCAUCGCCCCGAUUAACCCCGACGUCCCCGAGAACUUCUCGUUUAUGGUAUCCAAAGGCUGUGAACGGUUCUUGCCCACGUGCUUCAUCCUCUUUGUGUUGUACAAGUAUUCGGUGGGGAUCACUCUCGGCAAACCUGCGGGGGGACCCGACCCUCUGCCCAUUCUUCGUGUACUAUUAUGGUACCCGUUAUUCUGGAUUGGUGCUUUGAAUAACAUCACGUUUGACCGGUUACCCCUCGACCGGUUCUCGUGGGAGGCAUUCAGAGCCCAACCCGGGGGUGUGCUUAGUGCCAGUAUCCUCAUUGGCGUCAUCUUGGUCGGGGCAGUGUUUCAAGCGUACCUGAUCUGGCACACGGGUAAGUUCUGGCAGUAUUUGCGGUUGUACUUGGUGAUGCUUGCGGGGCUUGUGGUCAUCAUCCUCAUCCCUGGCCUCAAAUUCCAUUUGCACCACUAUAUCCUUGCCAUGAUCCUUUUACCUGGGUGUGGCACUCGUAACGUCACGGGGCUUAUGUUCUCAGGUUUGCUUCUCGGGCUUUUCAUUCUGGGGGCGCUGAGAUGGGGGCUCGACCUGAUCUUGGAGACAGCCGUCCAGUGGGCCCGUCUGGACCCCAUCGGCCAGAUUAUCCCCCCCAUGAUCUCCAACUUCAACGCGCUGACGGGCGAGCUUUCGUGGGUGGGGGAGGCGAUGGCAUUCACCGAACAGCUCAGCGGCCUCCACAACUUCACGCUGGUGUCGCUCCUCAUUAACGACGUCGAGAUGUACCAAGGCAACGGCACUCUGGUCAACUUGACGCGGCUCUUGCCCCAGGCGAUCCGCAUGGCCACCGACAUCCCCGUGUACUUGCGGAUGGCGCGGUUGAACCCCGUCGCCAACGAGUACCUGGACUACAGCAACGCCGCCGUGUUGCAGUGGCCCAGCGGCAACUUGACCCUCCCCGCCCCGGGGCUCACAUAG